AAGCUGUAGUCCUGACCGCGGCUAACUUCCCCCUCUGACCAAGAUGGCGUCUCUUAGAAAGGAGUGUUAGCAGAGGGUCUUUGUUGUGUUAGAAAGAGGUAAAAUGUGUAAAGUCCAGAUGCUGAGAGCGUUGGUGGAGCAGCGACUAACUGCGGCUGCUGAAGAGAUAUUUGGGCUGUUUGAAAGAACGAUAGCAGAGUACGAGGAGGAACUUUGUCGUUCAAAAGAGGAGAACGAGCGACAACGGGAACUACUGGACGCUGUUUUCAACCCUCAGCUCCGGGUCCACAGAGCAGCUUUACCUCCAGACGUUCUGAAAGUAAUUGUUGGUGAAGAGGAGCAGCAGGAGUGUAGCGCUAGUGUGGACCAGCAGGAGCCAGAGCCCCCCCCACACAUUAAAGAGGAACAGGAGGAACUGUGGAGCAGUCAGGAGCGAGAGCAGCUUCAAGGGCUGGAGGAGGCUGAUAUCACCAAGUUCCCAUUCACUCCUGUCCCUGUGAAGAGUGAAGAUGAUGAAGAGGAAGCUCAGUCCUCACAGCUUCAUCAGAGACAAACUCAACACAUGGAAACAGAAGCUGAUGGAGAGGACUGUGGAGGACCAGAACCAGCCAGGAACUCACAUCCACUUUUACAACCAGAGAUUGGAGACCAGACUGGAGACUCUUCGGAGACGGACGUCAGUGAUGAUUGGGAUGAAAGCAGGGGCCGUCCGUCAGGUUUAAACUCUCUGAGAGAUAAUGUAAGUCAGGCUGACAAAGAGUUGCUCAUCUGCUCCGAGUGUGGGAAGAAAUUUGGCCACAAGACAAAUCUUAAGAGACACAUGCGGUGCCACACUGGAGAGAAGCCGUUCGGCUGCUCGUUUUGCAGUAAGAGCUUCAAUCGGAGGGAACACUUGGUGGCUCAUGUGAGGUGUCACUCUGGAGAGAAGCCGUUCAGCUGUUCAGUCUGCAAAGCCAGUUUCAGUCACGGCUGGAGUCUGGAGAAGCACAUGAGAGUCCACACCGGCAAGAAGCCAUUUGGCUGCUCGCUCUGCAGCAGAAGCUUCCGGCAGCGCUCGGAUUUGGUCGCACACUUCCGCAUUCACACGGGAGAAAAGCCUUUCUGCUGCUCGGUGUGCGACGCCAGUUUCACCCAGCAGCACACUCUGGUUCAACACACCAGAACGCACACGGGGGCCAAACCGUUUGCCUGCUCGGUGUGUGGGAGGAGUUUCUCCCGGAAGGGACACGUGACGAGGCACAUGGCGGCGCACAGCGGGGAGAAAGCAUUCAGCUGCGGCGUCUGCGGCCAAAGCUUCACAUGGCAGUCGCAGUUUAAAAGACACGAGUGUGCCGGAAAGAGCAGCCGAGAGGCGACACAGCGGUAAAGCAACCGUGGAAGCAUUUCUC